GUUUUUGCAGGAGAGUAAAUUAUUUGGAUUUAUAACAAAUGCUCACAAUGUUGACCAUUUUCUUCUAUACACAGAUGACGAUGAAUAGAAGCAAAUAUGCUAUGAUGAUGUUGACGACGAUUUGAAUUUCUCUCUUUCAAAGAAAGAUAUGAGAAUGUUUAUCAUUGAUAGUAAACGCAACUAUUCCCGAAAUCGCUCGGUCGAACGAUUUUUGUUAGUAAACACGAGCUAGCUGACAUGCAUCUUAUUUAUGGUGAAGCGAGAUGUAAUGGAAGAGAAGCUGCAUGCUUGUACGAAGAAAGAUAUCCAAAUCGCCGUCAACCUCAUCAUAGCACAUUUGUUUCUAUUCAUCGUCGCUUCUAUUCUUCGAGACCUAAAGCGCAGUGGUGGUGCUGGUCGUCCAAGAACAAUACGUAUGAUAGCGUUCGAAGAAGAAGUCUUAAACCGCGUAGAAGAAGAACAUUCCACAAGUGUUCGCGCAACUUCGCAUAAUAUGGGGGCUUCCACGACAAUAGUAUGGCGUGCUAUGCAUGAACAACUUCUUCGUCCCUACCAUAUUCAAAGAGUACAAGGUUUGAAUCCUGGAGACUACCCUAAUCGGAUCGCUUUCUGUCAAUGGUUUUUGAGUCGCAAUUUGAUUCAGCCUAACUUCGGAAGAAUUGCGUUGUUCUCGGAUGAAGCAUGCUUUACUCGGGAUGGUGUUUUCAACAGUCGCAACAGCCAUAUCUGGGAUGAAAAUCCUCAUGCUGUCGCUUUUACAAGACACCAGCAGCAAUUUUCCGUCAACAUUUGGGCUGGUAUUGUGGGGGAGAAUUUGAUAGUAUACUUGCUGCCACCUCGUUUGAAUGCUCACAUUUAUCUCCAAUUCAUACAAAAUAUUUUACCAGGACUUUUACAAAAUGUCCCUUUGGAUAUAAGACGAGACAUGUGGUUUCAACAUGACGGAGCACCUGCACAUUUCAGUUUGAACGUACGCUAGUAUCUGGAUCAGCGUUUUCUGAACAGAUGGAUUGGAAGAGGAGGUCCCGUAGCUUGGCCUGCGCGAUCUCCUGAUCUUAAUCCCCUCGACUUUUUCCUUUGGGGUUUUGCGAAGUCUCUGAUAUACGAGACUCCUGUACUUGGAGAGGAAGAUCUUCUCGCAAGAGUCAUGGCCGCUUGCGAAUAUGUGCAAACUAUUCCCGGGAUAUUCCAUAGGAUCCGUGAAUCCAUGAACCGACGAUGCCAUCUGUGUAUAGAAGAAAAUGGCCAACAUUUUGAGCAUUUGUUAUACAUAAAUCCAAAUAAUUUACUCUCCUGCAAAAACGGCUCAUUUUCGGGUAUCGGUAUAUUAAUAAAAGUUGCUUGUUUUGGUGUCCUCUAUAACCCUCUGAAGUUUGUCGGUAUAUUUUUGGAACACCCUGUAUAUAUACACAGGGUGGGCCAAAUAAAGUGUUACAGCUAAAUAACUGUGAAACUGGUCAAUGGAUUCUAACGUUCGUGUAGUCAAUUUUAUCGGCUUAAAAUGAGCUUUCACAUGAGCUAUAUUUCAUUCACCGGAAACCCCUCCUCGGGAGGAAGGAGGGGGUGAACUUUGAUUUUGUAAAUGGCACCCCAUGAAAUUUUCAACAUGAAUCGAUAGAAUGCGACAAAAUAAGAAACUUUUAUUUGAAACAUUUUUUUUGAAACGAUUAUGUUUUACAUUAAAAGCAUUGCAAAGAAUUCAACUCGGGAAAUUCUCAUCGGCGAGUUCUACGAACUUUAACUAACUUUUGUGACUUUGUUUACUACGGAUCGAGGUAAGUGAGAAUGUAAACAUUGCUUCAUCAUGAGAUCGCUCAGGUACUGAAUAAAAAACUGUUUUUUCAUAUAAUGUUUGCAUUUAUUUUAGUAAAUGUUUAAAAGACGUUCCGUUUACAUCUAAGCACUUAAUUAACCUUGCUGAAAAACUUCUCCGAACAUUUGAUAACAUGGCUGAAGUAAUUGAUGCGCAAGCAGCUCGAAUUGUUUCUUUUAAUUCCUCUUUAGUUAUAGGAGUUGUGCAAAAUACUUAGUUCUUUAUGUAUCUCCACAAAAAAAA